AACUAGCUUCUUAUUCGUCCAUCGAGCCCAUUCUUUUUCUUUAUUCUGUGGAUUGUUAGUUCCUCUGCUAUUAGGAAGCCAGUAUGUCUGGACGUGGAAAGCAAGGCGGCAAAGCUCGGGCAAAAGCUAAAACGCGUUCUUCCAGGGCCGGUCUUCAGUUUCCAGUUGGCCGUGUGCACCGCCUCCUCCGCAAAGGCAACUACUCCGAACGAGUCGGGGCCGGCGCUCCAGUGUACCUGGCAGCGGUGCUGGAAUAUCUGACGGCCGAAAUCUUAGAGCUAGCUGGCAACGCGGCUCGCGACAACAAGAAGACCCGCAUCAUCCCGCGCCACCUGCAGCUAGCCAUCCGCAACGACGAGGAGCUAAAUAAGCUUCUAGGUCGCGUGACCAUCGCGCAGGGCGGUGUCCUGCCCAACAUCCAGGCCGUAUUGCUGCCUAAGAAGACGGAGAGCCACCAUAAGGCCAAGGGCAAGUGAAAUGAUUACUAGUCAAAUCCGUCAGUGAUCCCGAGUCCCAGAAACCAAAGGCUCUUUUCAGAGCCACCCACCCUUUCUGUAAAGUGCUGGAAUACACAUACGAUGCCUGAAAUCUCAAUGUUCACUGUCCUAGUUUUUACGAACGCUUCUGACGUUACUGGUCAGUUCUUUAUUGAAAUCCUUGCUCACAUUACAUGCACUGAUAUAUCUUACUGGUGUUUCUUUGCAGUAAAAAUGCGUUUAUAAAGGUAUACAAGAAUAGAAACCGAGGUUGUGACACCAAGGUUUCACUGCGUUAUUUUGUGUAUAGGUCCAUGCUGUGUAUACAAAUUUAUCAUUAAUACACAGGCUGUUUAUUCAUGUGCACUUGUCAGAAAAGGGUGAAAUAUUAAUACAGAAACGAGAGAACAAAGAAGGAUAGCUGCCCAUUAGCAUUUCAGGGCGGGCUUUUUAAGUUUUAAAGAUGACUGCAUUCAGGCUGGGCUCAGUGGCUCAUGCCUGUAAUCCCAACACUUUGGGAGGCCAAGGAGGGCGGAUCAUAGGGUCAGGAGUUCGAAAUCAGCCUGCCCAACAUAAUGAAAGCCAGUCUCUACUAAACAAAUACAAAAAGUAGCCGGGCGUGGUGGUAUGCAUCUGUAGUCCCAGCAACUUGGGAGGCUGAGGCAGGAGAAUCGCUUGACUCCGGGAGGCAGAGGCUGCAGUGAGCCGAGAUCACGCUAUUGCACUCCAGCCUGGGCAACAGAGCAAGACUACGUCUCAAAAAAAAAAAAAAAAAAAAAAAAAAAAAAAAAAAAAAAAAGACUACAUUCCUCUAGUGAGAAUUGUGUUUGUUGGAUUUCUCUUUUCAAAAGGAGCAAUUAACACAGUAUUCUAAAAUAAACACUAAACGAAACAGCAGUAACGGCCUGACGCCCUAGUUCAGACCUGUAAUCCCAGCAAUUUGAAAGACUAAGGCAGAAGAAUCGCUUGAGCCCAGGAGAUCAAGACCAGCCUGGGCAAUAAAGCGAGACAGCCCCCUCACCUCCACAAAAAGUAAAAAGCCUGCCCUGCCCGGUGGCUCAUGCCUAUAAUCCCAGCACUUUGGGAGGCCGAGAUGGGCGGAUCACUUGAGGUCAGGAGUUCGAGGCCAGCCUGGCCAACGUGGCAAAACCCUGUUUCUACUAAACAUACAAAAAAAUUAGCCAGGCAUGGCGGUUGGCUCCUGAAAUCCCAGCUACUCGGGAGGCUGAGGCAGGAGAAUCGCUUGAACCCGGGAGGCGGGGGUUGCAGUGAGCCAAGAUCAUGCCAUUGCACUCCAGCCUGGACAAUAGAGCGAGAGACUCCGUCGUCUCAAAAAAAAAAAAAAAAAGAAAGAAAA